AUGAGUAAGAGGUCAGCUGUCCAUGCUAGCUUACAAACUCAAGGUGUCAAGACGCUAAAAAAUUCCAAUGCAAAAUUUCCACCAGCGAAAGUUGGUGAUAAUGUACGCAUCCGCAUAUCAGAUGUUGACAGAAGUCGCGGUGAUCCACGAAGCGUCCUUGCAGUUGUCAUGAACAUCGAGGGCGAUUUCUACAAGCUAGAAACUGAACAUGGUGUUCUCAAACAAUACUCCAGAAGUGGUUUUUCCAUUUUGCAAGAGAAACUACUUACAUUGGCAUCCGUGGGCAUACAGGAAAAAUCAUUACGAACCGUUGCCUCUUCACAAUCGCUGACCGGCAGCCAAGGUUACACUCGAUGCAGUUGCACUACCAAGCGCUCAACAAAUCGCUGCAGAUGUAAAAAUAACAAACGGCUGUGUAAUUCGAAAUAUCAUAAUAAAAGUUCAUCUUGUUGCAACAAGUGA